GCACCUUGCCACCGGAGCUUCCCAAAGAAGCAGUGGCGACCGACGAAGCACCGCCGCCAAUGGGCAACAACAACAACACGGAAUCGGCGACGGCGACGAUGGUCCGGGAGCAGGACCGGCUGAUGCCCGUGGCCAACGUGUCCCGCAUCAUGCGCCAAGUGCUGCCUCCGUACGCCAAGAUCUCCGACGACGCCAAGGAGGUGAUCCAGGAGUGCGUGUCGGAGUUCAUCAGCUUCGUCACUGGCGAGGCGAACGAGCGGUGCCACACCGAGCGCCGCAAGACCGUCACCUCCGAGGACAUCGUGUGGGCCAUGAGCCGCCUCGGCUUCGACGACUACGUCGCGCCCCUCGGCGCCUUCCUCCAGCGCAUGCGCGACGACAGCGACCACGGCGGUGAAGAGCGCGGCGGCCCUGCAGGGCGUGGUGGCUCGCGCCGCGGCUCGUCGUCCUUGCCGCUCCACUGCCCGCAGCAGAUGCACCACCUGCACCCAGCCGUCUGCCGGCGUCCGCACCAGAGCGUGUCGCCUGCUGCAGGAUACGCCGUCCGGCCCGUUCCCCGCCCGAUGCCAGCCAGUGGGUACCGCAUGCAGGGCGGAGACCACCGCAGCGUGGGCGGCGUGGCUCCCUGCAGCUACGGAGGGGCGCUCGUCCAGGCCGGUGGAACCCAACACGUUGUUGGAUUCCACGACGACGAGGCAAGCUCUUCGAGUGAAAAUCCGCCGCCGGAGGGGCGUGCCGCUGGCUCGAACUAGCCUAGCUUCUCAGUUCCCCGUGUACAAUAAGAGGGGCGGUCGCGGCGCCGCGCCGCGCCCUUGGGUUGGGCCGGGCGCUAUGCUGCAGUUUGGUUUGUAAACUAACGAGCCUAGGGUAGCUGGUGCACGCGCGCCACCUCGCCGGACGUCGCCGUCGUCGUCGGCAUGGACUUAACCGGCGGGCCCUGUUGUUAUUUCUCAAGUUUGUAGCCAACGCACUGUUCGGUGCGUUCCAUAAUUUAAUUUACCAUGUUGCUCUCG